CCAAGAAUGGCAGUUAAGCUACGAACAAAAAAAGAAUGUUAGAUGAGAAACUUAUACACGAAGAAUACUACCUACGAUCUUUCUCUACAAAACCUUCAAACAAAUGUCACUGCAUUUCAAAACUUCAGUGAGAAAAGAUCGGCCUUUGCGAGAAUCGAACCCGCGUCGACUGAAACAAACAAAGAAAGGCAAAUAAUGGGGCCUGGAGGUCCGGGAGGAGGAGGAGGAGGAGGAGGAGGAGGACCUGGAGGCGGUUUUGGACCAGGUGGAUUUGGCCCCGGACCAGGUGGAUUCGGCUCUGGACCAGGCGGUUUUGGCCCCGGACCAGGUGGUUUUGGACCAGGCCCUGGUUUUGGACCCGGUCCAUGGGGAAUGGGACCUCCUCCUAUGCUUGGAAAUUACUGGGGAGGUGGUUUUGGGGGCUGGGGUGGUGGAUUCGGCGGUUGUAUAUGUGAUAUCUUGCAGUGCUUGUGUUGUUGCUGGCUAUUAGAGAUGUGUUGUGGAGGAUGCUGCCCACCAUUUAGAGGAGGUCCACCACCUCCUUAUUACUGAUUUUCUCUUUCUACUAAAUUUAGAGCGUCGCUAAAAUAAGAUAUCUAUUUUCUUUUGUGGGUUGUGCAUCUCUUCAGAGGAACGUGUUGUUUUGAAACUGUUAUACUUAUUUAUUCGUCAACUUUUGAUGUUUAAAAUUUUCAAAGACUUUAAUAUGUGAGACAAUGUGAAACGAUUUUCGUGGAA